AGCGCAAAGACGCACAUUGGACACCGUACCCCUCAGCCACGUAAUUCCUCUAAACGGGCCGCACGGAGGUGCAUGGCCCCAUCCCCUUGUAUCAUGAUGAAUCCUGUGCAGGGGUCGCCGUCCCAAGACGCCAAACAGCUUCAUCAAAAAGAGGAGACGGAUACGGAGAGCGAGGAACUGCAACCCAAAGACAUGACAACCGAGAAAGGAUACAAACUCCAGCGGAGCAGCCUCCCGUUUAGCGUCGAGUCAUUGAUUUCCAAGAAGACCACCUGUCGGACUUCUUACUCGUCCUCAGAUUUAGCUCUGGUCCUUCCGAAGCCCGUGGCUGGGCAAGGCGAACAUCUCUCUCCAAGGACUUUUUACGCGGAGAGGAAGAUAUCGGCUGAGAGCUCGCAGGGUGUUUCCAGUAGCUCCAGCGAAGACAGUCCACAGUUUUGUGAGAAAGAUCAGAGCACUUGGUUCCAGACGUCCUCCUUUUCUACACCUCCCCGAAGCUCAAGUCCAACUCAGUGUACUUUAAGGAAGCAUAAAAACAACAGGAAACCUCGCACGCCCUUUACUACCUCCCAGCUCCUGGCGCUGGAGCGCAAGUUUCGCCAGAAGCAGUACCUCUCCAUCGCAGAGCGAGCCGAGUUCUCCAACUCUCUCAACCUGACGGAGACUCAGGUCAAAAUCUGGUUUCAGAACAGGAGGGCCAAAGCCAAGAGACUUCAGGAGGCCGAGCUGGAAAAGUUUAAGUUAGCCUCCAAGCCCGUCCUGCCUGCAUUCGCGCUGCCUUUCCCCCUCGGAGCGCACAUGAGCUCUCCAUCCUGGGGCCCUUCAAACGCCUUCCCGAGACCCAGUCUGCCUGUGCCAGGACUGUUCAGUGGACCCGUCACUUAUGGGAUGUACUAUUUGUCUUAAUAAUGUUCCUGUGUGUGUGCGUGUGUGCUCUUGGCCACAGCACAAUUAAAAAGUUUUGGAGUUUAGACUAUUUUCCCCCCAAACUCCAAAACCGAAGACAAAUACGACAAGUGGCGAAUACCGGUGUAUAAACGUGUGCGUAAUCGUUCCGAGUGCGGUCACUUGCUCUCAUUUUGUGUCCACUUCUGAGAAUCGUGGAUUCUUGGCCUUAAUUUUCUUAAGCAAAACUCCAUAAGCAGAUGUCAUCUACUCACACAGUAGAUGACAUGCCUUAAAUAUUUCAUCCCAGCCUGUCCUCCGUGCUCUCCAGUAGCAACUGGGCAAUUAAAUGUGUCCGGAUCUAAAGGCAAUAAUCCUCUAAAGCUGGGGGACAUUAAUAAAAGCAACAGAAAAGUACUUAAUUGGUGUCAGUGCCUUAGGACCCCGAAGUGUACUCUCUUUAUCAUCACUUGAAUUCCUCAUUCAAGAUAUGAAUAUUUUUUCUGUUAUCGGGUAGCGUUGUCCAUUUUUGCUGUGUUAAUAUCUGUAUUAUUGUCACGAUUUCUAUCAUUCUUUUUAAAGAACGGAGACAGAAUUAUAUUUUAGGAAAAAAAUACAUGUAUUAGUUUUUUUAACCUUCACAACGUGGCCUUUAUGGGAGUGAUAUUAGAUUUACUUUGAUGAAUUUUGCUGUAAAUGUAAAUAAAAUUUGUAGUGUUCUUAAACGUCCUGCAGUCUCGCUUAAAGGGCAGGAGAAGUGGUAUUUAUUGAAUAUCUUUGUAUCUGUACUGUGUACAUACAUGAGUCUAUCAAAAUGUGCAGUAACUUGUAAAAACUGAUUUUAGUAAAUAAACAUUA